GUUUAACGAAGUCAAGUUUUCCCCUCUCAAUGCAAACCUUUUUGGACAACUGUUGGCUAUAUUGGAAACCAAGACCAGCAACAGGACAUUUGCAUCACUAUGGUACUGAAUAGCGGAUCUGGGAGUAACGGUUUGCAUAGUGUAUUUUACCAUAGAAUACUAAAUUCUAGUCCACAUUUUCACUAUUCCAAACUUGUUCAUGUUUACUUAUUUCAAACGGGAAAAGCCUGUGCGCAUUUCUCCCUGGCAAACAUUCAAAGGAAGAUCAGAGGAUGAAAGUCCUGAAACGUCUCCCUCUUUUAUUGGGGUGUUGGACUCUCUUAUACCUGGAAUUUAUCCCAGUGUCACUGAGCCAUACCGGGACGGCACAGCGCGCAACCGAGAGCCGAGGCAAGAAGCACGCAGGCGGAGCAGGUAAAGAAGCCAACCCGGGAAUCACCUCAACUGCCAGGUCUACGGUAGGAAACUACGGGGUAGCGGGUUGGAAGUCUCCGAGCGCUGCGAGGAUCACGCGCAUUAGGACAGGACCCCCGCUGAUAAAGGGCGAGGCAGCCGAAGCAAAAGCUGUAACAUCAGUGUCAUCACCACACGGCGUAACGGCGAGUAGUGUUAGUGGAACUAUCAAUUUGGGACGCAAGGAGUCUGCGCGCUCUUGGGGACCCGACGGGGAUGCUACCAACGCAGCUGCUGUGCCUGUUCUCAUGGCGUUGAACGUGCAAACACGCAAAGGCGGAGAUACGCCCAGACAGAGCAAAGGAAAGACGUUCCCCAGAGUUGCAACAUCAGCACGAACUGGACAGCAUAGAGUCAUUGCUGUGCAAAAAUACAGCGCUCCGUUAGCCCAAAGGAGUGCCAAAGCAACGGACAAACUGAGCGACAGAGACCUUCCGAAGCACCCAUUGGUGACUCCGCACGACUACAUGUUGUCACUGUAUUGGUCACUAUCCACAGGGGAGGUGAACACCAGCGUGUUGCACGAGGCUGGCAUGGCCAACACCAUCACCAGCUUUGUGGAUAAAGGACAAGAUGACCGUCUUCUCCAGCUGAGAAGGCAGAAGUAUAACUUCAACAUCAGUUCCCUGGAGGAGGAGGGGUUACUGGGUGCCGAGCUGCGCAUUCUCAGGAAAAGACUGGCCGACCCACGCAAAGCACUUUCUACUGGCAGAGUUUUCUGCCUGAAGCUUUUCACCUGUGCAGCAGGUAAGCAGAAAGCGACACUGCUCCAAACUCGAACCAUCGAGGACCACAAUACGCCCAAAUGGGAAGUGUUUGACAUUUGGAAACUAUUCAAGAAUUUCCACAACACCGUCCAGCUUUGUUUCGAGCUGGAGGCCUUGGAACGAGGCCGCCCAGUGGACCUCAGGGCAAUGGGCUUCAGUCGUCUGGGCAGGCAGACCAAAGAGAAGGCCUUUUUCCUCGUGUUCGGACGCACCAAGAAACGCGACUUGUUCUACAGCGAGAUCAAAGCCCGGUCGGGCCACGACAACAAGACUGUGUACGAGUACCUGUUCACCCAGCGCCGUAUGCGCCGAGCCCCCACCACCCGUGGCAAGAAACUGGCCAAGAACCCCAAGCCUCGUUGCCACAGGAAGCAGCUACAUGUCAACUUCAAGGAGAUGGGUUGGGAUGAUUGGAUCAUUGCCCCACUGGAGUAUGAGGCCUACCACUGCGACGGGGUGUGCGACUUCCCCAUCCGCUCGCACCUCGAGCCCACCAACCACGCCAUCAUCCAGACGCUCAUGAACUCCAUGGAUCCUGACUCGACUCCGCCCACCUGCUGCGUGCCCACUCGCCUCAGCCCGAUCAGCAUCCUCUACAUUGACUCAGCCAAUAACGUGGUUUACAAACAGUACGAGGACAUGGUGGUGGAGUCCUGUGGCUGCAGGUAGCAAUGGACAAAGGAUUCACCUGAGACCUUGGUUUUAUAGUUCAGCCAGAACCAUGAGUUUGGGACUGAGUUUUAUUUUUGGAGUAAACAGAUAGGUUAAUAGUUGUUAGGGAAAUAUACUUUGAAAACAACUGACAUGAAACUAAUAACACAAAUCACUUCCUGAGACCUUAUUUCAUGAGGUGGUUAAGGAAUAAUAUGUACGUAUCCAAUGAUGAUUUGGCAAGAGAUGUGAAACUGUUUCACUACAUUGAUCUUCCCAAUCCAUGCUAUUUUCGCAUCGUAUGAAUUGAUGUAAAUGUUUGCUUUUCAUAGUGAUGCACAAACAUGUCAAUCACUUUACUGGUCACAGUUUGAACACAUUGCUCAUUGCUAGUUUAGGAUUAAGGAAACUAUUUCUUGUAUUGCAGACCAUUUAAUGUAUCUCACUGUUAUGUUAAAAGUUGCAUCGCUUUGAACUGCUGUUCCGUCACAUUACUUUUUGGAUACCUUCACACCUAUGUCACUGCCCCUUGUAAAGCACUUGAAACAUUGGAUGAGAACAUCUGCAUGCAUUCCUGUCAAAAUGUCUUGUUUCUCUUGGAGCAAUAUGAUGUAGCCUGACCAGGUCCUUUAAUUUAAAUGGCAAUACCAUUGGCAUGUGCACAUCUCAAACUGAACUGGUGGGGUUUGGGAAAGGUCAUAAAUGGUUUGUUGCACACAAAUAAUAUCUAGCAGCUUACAAAUCCCAUUGAAGAAUUAAAAGCCCAUUGAUGAAAUGUCAAAGAUACCUUGAAUUUAAGACAUGUAAGGCAUUGUCACCUUCCACUGAGUUGUUUGUAUUCAUACAGUGCAUUGAAAGUAUAUUUUGAUACACAUACACAAUUACAGUACUUUUAAAAUAUCUGUCCACUGUUCCAGAUUUCUAUGAAAGAUUUACCAAAAAUUAAUUACAAUAUAUAUUUAAUAUGUUAAAUGUUAAAAAUGUUAAAAAUCUGCUUUUCUCUGUGCUCCUGUUUGGCCUUAGUAUAAACAACAGAUUGGUUUGGACGUAUACCGCUUAAAAAAAGCUGAUUUGCCGCUCAUACACUUGGAUAUUCAAAUUCCCUACCAACUCCACCUGGGGCAGGGCUGCAUGCACUACCUAGCAGUCUUGGCUUUAAUUCUUUCUUUCUUUUUUUUUACCGAAGGCGCAUGCCUGUAGUCAAAUAGUAGGCUUUGGACGGAUUCAGGAUUUUAAACACACGAUGGAACUACUACACUUUACUAUAACAGCAAACUCACGUAAACUCGUACAUCGCCUUGGUCCGUACAAUUGCCCUUAUUUUUGCGCCCCAAAAACGUAAUACUUCCAAAUCAACUUUAA